UUUUUAACAUUGAGGAUUUGUUUGCACAAUGCAUUUUCUGCAGAACCGAACCUUUGGUAUAGCACUGAUGCUGUCAUUGCCGCUACUGUAUACAUGCCUUCGAGUGGAAAUUCCUCAGUCUUUCGAUAGUUCUAAUGAUAUGCCAGUACAACUUUCAUUCCGCCCGAAGCCCGAUGUCAGAACAACCCUUAUCCACUUCAAGAAGGAAAGCAAUUUCACGUACACACCGUAUGUGGACGACGUGGAUGGAUUAUUGCAACACUAUGUGAACGAAAUACCAACAUUGAACGAAAGCACCGUCGACUGCAGCUCGGUGACCGGGUAUCGUAACCAGAAUGAAUGGGACACGCCAUGUUACUUUGAUAUCUUCCGUGAGCUCGGGGACAACUGCUUGAAGCAGCAGUUGUAUGGGUACGAGGAUGGGCAACCUUGCAUUCUGCUGAAGAUGAAAGAGAUUUUUGACUGGCUACCGGAGCCGUUUGACAACGGUACUUUACCUGAUGAUCUGAAGUACGAGAACGGCAACUCACUCAGUCUGUGGCAGAAGUAUUUCGUGACAGUCAAAUGCGAAGGAGAGAACCCGGCUGACAAGGACAAUGUCGGAGACAUAUUCUACCACCCGAGCAACGGAUUUCACUUUAAGUACUUCCCGUACCGCAAUCAAGAGAUGUACCGCUCGCCCCUUGUAUUCGUCCGGUUUGACAACCCCAUGCCGGCACAGCUGUUUAUGAUUACAUGCAAGAUAUACGCGAAGAACAUAGAGUACAAUGUUUUGAACAAAUCUGGUUUUGUGCAUUUUGAGCUCUUGGUUGACUAACUUCGGUCUAGUUGAGGUCUAUCUUUUACACUUAAACAAUAACAACGUUUGUAUUGAUUUAAACGUUUACCCGAAGUAAAUGAACUAUACAAAAAAUGUAUAUUUACCUUUUGCGUAUGAUCUAUUUUCUCCAAAUAUUUGGUCUGACAAACAAGCAAAGGCUUGAAUUUAGAAGAUAUAGUUUCAGGAACACAUUUAAAUUGCACAACUAUCAAUUUUCACUUCUGGAUGUUUUGAAGUGCUCUGUAGUUCUCAACUUAAGCUAAUUUACAAUGUAAAUAAACGGUGAAAAAUAGCACAAAAUAAAAAGAAAAUUUGUCGGAUUCGGUGGAAUACCAAUUUAAAUUCACUCGUGAAAAUAUUAUUUUUAUGAUCAGUCGUGAAAUAAAAUCGAUAUUCCAACGAAUCAUACGAAUAUCAUCUAUAUUCUUAACAAUACUGCACUUUUUUCAGUUUGUUUUGCUUGUUUGUAGUACACUUUGCCUUUAAUUUCACAUAUUAAACCGUUGAUCGAGGUUAAUUAGUAGCCUUUGUAAAUGUCUUAUACUUGUUGAAAAUGUAUAUAUCUUUAAUUUACAUGUACCUUAAUUACAAAUAAAAUGCCCAGGCUUUGUAUAAAUUCUUAUCGUUGGAAAGUAUGGGUAAUCCAUGAUUUUUAUUAAAUUUAAAAGCUAGUAGAACAAUAAUAGUUACGUUGUCUUGCAUAUUGUUUUCUAUCUAGCAAGCUGUUCUUCAAGUUGAUAUUUGUAAUAAGCUUAGAACACUGGGAGUUCAACGUUUAAAUCGUGCAUUAUCUCUGUAUAAAGCUUUUCUUAAUUGCGUUGCCAAAUUUUGGCGCGUGUAUGUGCAUAUUUAAUAGGCAUACUGAUCAACGUGUAGUUAUAUUUUAGCAUAUUUAGAAAUGCUUUGCCAUGCAUAACAAUUGUUAUUUUUUCUGAAUAUUUUAGCAUUAAAAAGGUGUUAGAAUAAGUUGUCCGCUGUCUAAGUACAUAUUUAUUAUUUGUAUAGAAUUAUUGUAAAUAGAAAUAAACAGAAAUGCACAUAUCUCAUGU